AUGCGUGGUCAAGAUGACCGCGAUGGUGUUGCACCACCGGCGUACGCAGCUGAACAAGCAGAGGCGCAACCACCUGUCGACGUCGAUACUACAGCGGCAUUUGCGCAUUUGUCGUUGGAGACCGACAUUGCGCAAAGAAGGCUCACGGUUGAUACCUGUCUCGCCCACUUGAAACUCCUCCACGCCAUCCACAACUUGAAGGAGGAAGUGGGCUACACUGACGGUCUUUUCGGCUUGUACGACAGUCGCGCGGGCCAUGACGCUGAUGGUUUCGACUUGGAUGCCAUCCAUGCUGGAAAGGGCAUCAAGAUGGAAGACGCGGAAAAGGUAAAGCUUGCUCUGAGCAAGAUCCGUGAAAAGAGAUGGGCACUGUUUGUCGCUCGUGCCGUUGAUCGGUAUGAGACUUGGUGGAGGGUCAUUCAAGGCCAAAAUCAUCUUACCCAAGACAUGAUGGCCGAACCUGCAUCCGAUUUGUACGCCAACUUUCCCAUACUCUGCAAAGACCCUCGAGGACUUGGACCAGAUAUGCUUCCGCCUCUAGACGUACUCAUGGUGUUUCAUUCUCAUAUGCUCAAUCCUCGAGCAUUUCUCGAGGAUUCCAUUCGAAGUUCAAUGAAGGGCCUGUGGCAAGAUGGUAUGCCCUGGCCUCUUAUCAACGAGGCAAUCGACACAAACUUUGACUACUCCGUCUCUGAUGCCUGCCCAACACGUUGGACGCAGGCAACCGGUCGAUGUUGGGCCAACACGGGUGAGCCCAUGGUCAAGAUCAUCAAUUGUCCUUACUGCCAGGUUCCCAACCACAUCCCAUGGACAACCUGUGGAGAUCAAGAAUCUACCAACAGGCAAGACGGAUUAUCCGGUCUUGUCGGUAGUGGAUAUGGGGACGGCAAGUUGAGCCAUCAAUGUGUUGCUUGCCACGGCAAUAUUUGCAAAGAGGCCCUGUCUGUUCGUAAAUUUGUGCAAGAUUCGGCAUUGCUUCUUGCCAAGUCGGUGCCAAUGCCUGGAACAAUCCUCGAUCCGCAAAAUGGCAUGCCGGAACUUGUACCAAGCGGGCAUCAGGAAAAUGUGUAUCCAAGGACGUUCCCCAACCGCAUGAUCCAGCUCGACUUGCGAAUUCAAAUCCAAGACAUCUUCAAAUCCCACAGAAACCCAACCAUGGAGACGGUCAAAUCUCUUGUCGAGGGAGUAUUGCGUGACUCCAGCCGACUCUGUCGCAUAAACUCCAUGCCCCCCAGAUGGAGCAGUCGGUACAAGAUUCCUCCCAAGUCCAAAAACUGCGUGAGAAAGAUGAUGAGUCGGUAUUGGGAGAAUUUCUCGCCAUUCGCAUUGGACUUGUGCGGAGCCGUGAUGCGCCAGGGAGUGUUUGUUGACAAGAUGGUCAAGCUGGAUUGGCUGCACAGCCCCUCGGCACGAGAGACAAUGGCGCGGCUUAUAGACAAGUACGUCAAGUUCAUGGAGUUGAUGAGGCGUUAUCCAAAGCAAAUCGCUGUCCCGACGCUGGACGUCGACCUUGCGUGGCACACCCAUCAGCUCAUCCCUCCGUCCUACUAUGCCGACACGACAAGAGCGACAUUCAAGUUCAUUGAUCAUGAUGACAAGAUCGAAGAAGUCAAGCUCAACCAGGCAUUCGAAUGGACGUCCAAGACGUACCAAGUUCUAUUUCAUGAAUUGUACAGCGAAUGUACUUGUUGGUACUGCGAAGCCAUCCGCGCGUCGCACACGUCCUCUUUGAACUCAUUUCUCGGCACCUCAAAGGGUGACAAGUAUGCACAAGACUUUUAUCAAUCUGGCAGAGCCGGGCGCUGCCCUCCGGAUAACUCUGCCCACAUCUCGGCUCACAACGCAGUCCGUUCCGCGGAUGCGUCUAGAGGGCCAGUCAGCGCCUACCUCCGCUCUCGUCAAGAGGAAUCUCUGGAGCGAAACUACCAAAAGGCUGUGAAGCGCGCCGAGAAAAAGGGCCGUACGCUUCCUCCACGCAAUGACUAUUACGACCACUGGGGCUAUUCAUAUUUCAUGUAUUCCCCCGCAGUGUAUCCGCUGUACCUGGCACCGGGCAUGUACUACGGAUGGGAUCCAUGUUAUGUCCACACGGGUGCCGGUGCUUGGGGAGGGUGUGCCGCUGGAAGCUGCGGUGGUGGAGGCGUAGCAGCCGGAGCGUGUGGAAAUGCCGGAGGAUGCGGUGGUAUAGGAGUAUGUCCCGUCCAUGCGGUUACCAGGGCUGCGGGUCUGGAACGGGAGGUUGUGGCAGCACAGGAGGCUGCGGAGGAGGAUCGGGAUCGGGAGGCGGCGGAGGUUGCGGAGGAGGAGGAGGAUGUGGAGGAGGAGGAGGAGGCGGCGGCGGCGGAUGUGGAGGAGGAGGUUCCUAACUGCAUCGGUCUUUGCUCUCUACAGAGGCUUUCGUCGAUGGCAUGA